AAAGGAGCUUUUGAGGUCGCCGGUUCGAAACCCGUUUUAAUAUUUUCCUUUUGUGUGCAGUGUAUUCUACAGCAGAGGCGGACAAUUCUUCGGAAAGGAAAAUGAUUGGGAGUGAAGAAUCUAUCUGCGUUGGAAUUAUCAAAGAGUGAAAGACAUAGAGUAAUGUUGAGUUUUGCUAAUGUUUACAGUCGCGGACAGAACAUGUCCGCUUUACUGUUAACAUGAUGAGGCUUGGUUAAGGUUGUUUGUUUGGCCGACGAGUAUGCCUGCAGUCAUUUAUGAAAUUAGACUACCGGUUGAUUUUUGAUUCUAUGCCCGAGGUGUUUGUCUUAUAACAAACCAAAUUUUGAGAAGCAGACGAAUUUAUAAUCAUAAUUAUCCGUCCACCAGAACGAAGCUGCAGGGCCGCAAGGUUGAUCUGGUUAACCUUGAUUCUAUUCGUCGUGCCACGGAGUCUAAGACUGUUUUGAUGUUAUGGUGCAGAUCUAGUUGCUUCAAGCCAUUGAUUUCAUAAGCAUGUCCAGAGCUUAAAUUUAACUGUUGGAGAGCUUAAAUCCAUUUACUAUAAGCAUGUCCAGAGUUUAAAUUUAACUGGUUCAGAGCUUAAUGAUAUAUAUGCUUGGUAUUUUAAGCUCUGGACGUUAAAUCUUGUUUCUUUCGGUCAAAAUGAGAUAUUCGCUCUCGAAGGUUUGACCGAGUCGAAGGAUUUUUCUGUUUGUGAUGCACGUAAGGGUAAUUACGAUCACUCGAAGUGUUUCGAGUGAGGGUCUGUGGACUGUCAUGGCAAAGGUGAGACACUGGCAUUUGUUGGCAAGUUUUGGCAAAGAGUUGCAUGAUUUUUUCUCCUAACAUCUUCUAUCAAAGAAUGAUUAAGCAUUUCUAAAGGUUUCAUAAUUCAUUUACGAGUUUCAAAUCACACUCACCUUUUCUCUAUUUUAAGGGAGGUGGUUGGAAAGCAAAUCUGCAGAACUCUGAUUGAAAAGGAUUUUUUCAUUCAAGUAUCAAAAUUUUUACUGGAAAAACAGGAUGCUCUCUAUGAAAUGGAGGCACAGAGGAUAUUCAUGCAGGCUAGGGGUCACAUGAGAUAAAAAUUAAAAUACAUGUAAAGAAGAUUUGAUUGGUUUUGCAGGAGAAAUGGAAAUCAUAAACUUGAAUACACAAGACUUCUGUAAGAUGUCACAUAAUGCAGCAGCAGGUUAGGGGAAGCAAUUCGUGCUGCUUGUAGAUAUCAAAAAUAGAAAAAAGCACAGUAUUUUCAAUUGAUUGGGAAAUUGAGAAAAGGUGCUCCCGUUGAACUGAAACUAUGCAGAUUAAACUGGGAGCAGAGCAUGGCCAGUGCAAGGUGGAGCCCAUUAGCAAAGAUGAAGAAAACAAAAAGUACAAACAACAAUUGUCUGAGAAAAACAAAUUACAGAAAACAAAUGUAUUUCGAGGUACUGUUGGGGGAGAUGGUCAUCAACCAGAGGUGGAUUUAGUUUUGAGAGGACAACUCCAACGAAAGGAACAUCAUCAACGUCUGAGAAUCUGCUGGGAGAGGAUCCUUCCACAGCGUUGUCUGAGGGUGCUGUUAGUGGAGGAUGACGAUUCAACUCGGCAAGUAGUAAGUGCACUACUGCAUCAUUGUGGUUACGAAGUUACUGCUGUUGUAAAUGAUAUGGAAGCAUGGGAGCUGCUAGAAAACCCAGGUAACCAUUUCAAUAUGGUCUUGGCAGAGGUGAUGAUUCCUUGUCUCUCAGGCAUUGGCCUUCUGAAAAAGAUCAUGGGCCACCAGAUUUAUAGGAACAUCCCUGUAAUUAUGAUGUCCUCACUUGAUUCUAUGAGUGUAAUUUUCAAAUGCCUGACUAUGGGUGCGGUGGACUUUCUCAUCAAACCUGUUAGGAAGAAUGAAUUAAAGAAUAUAUGGAAGCAUAUUUGGAAGAGAUGCCAGAAUGUAACUUCAAGUAUCAGUGUUUGUGGCAAUGGCCUCGAUAACCAAGAUAAAAAAUCUGUGGGGCUAGAACAAGCAUCUGGCUCUGGUAACAACACUUACAGUAAUGAGGAGAGUAACAAUGUGGUUGGUGCAAGAAAGUUCCAAAAGGGUAUGAGCCUUGAAGGGAGAAUCAAUGCUGGUAAUACAUGUACUGACAAAAUUGAGAUUACUGACAGUGACAAGGGAAGUGAUACACAAGCAGGGAAUGAAGAUCUUGAACAGGGUGAUGAGUACGAGCUUGACUGCAAUCAUAAUAAUACCAGCUCUUUCAACACUAUCAAGCCAAAGAAAGAUCAGUUUCAGAAAGAGUUUGCGUGCCUUGCUCAAACUUCUGGGGAUUGUAGUGAUCAAAAGAUAGAGGACUGUGAAAUGGGCAAGAAUGUAGAAUUUUCCUUCCCAAUAGAAACAUCAGCAGAUCCUCAACAUUUCAGGGAUAAGAAGAUGGUUUGUGACCAGAUAUGUGUGGAAAAGAAAGAUGUACUCUCAGAUGAUCAUGUGGAUCUUAAAAAAGAAAAUAAAAAUUUGACAACUUUUGGCAGCGAAUGUUCUGAGCCUUGCAGAGAGGCUAUUGACUUAAUAGGUUCCAUAGCUAGAAAAAAUGAGGAGAGAAAUGCAGAAGAGGAAACUUUUAGGACAAAGGAAGAAAAUGACAUUCAUGGGAAAGAUGAAACCAUAUCUGAUUCCAAUUUUUCACCAUUACUGGAGCUCACACUAAAGAGACCAGUUUCCAUUUCGGAAGCUAGUUUACCUGAAAAUUGUUGUGUCUUGAAACCUUCAGUUGCUUCAGCAUUCUCAAGGUACAACACAAAAUGUAGUCGCAUUGAACAUCCAUCGGGUGGCUCCUGUCCUCUCAAUACUCAUUCAUUGCCAAAAGAUUAUGAACAUAGUCACACUCUUUGUAUUCCAGGAACUCAACAGACAAUGUCACCACAUCGUGUGCUUCCAUUUGAGGGAGUGAACAGUUUAAAACGAAAUGCCAUUGAUGUGUCAAUACCUUCUGCCAGGCAACCACAGAUUUUAUGUAGGAGUAAUAAUCAAGAAGAUACGAGUACCACUGCUGGUUUUUCAGGCCAACAUAAUAUUCCAUUUAUGUUGCCAAGAAAAGAUGAGAUGGUGCCAGCUUUGUAUGCACCCUCUCAUAUGGAAAUGAUGAUGCCUGUUCCUAUAGUCUACAGUGCAAUUCCUGCUUAUUAUGGUCCUGCAUUUCAUGCUAUGAUCUAUUCUCGAUCUGGUGCACCGUCAAAAUUUCCAACAAAGGAUGAUGGAACACAGAGACAGGAUGAUUAUGACAUUUCCUUUUGUAACGAUAAACAGACUAUGCCUUCUGAGAAUUCUCAAUCAUCUCAACAUGGCAAUCAUCAUUAUCAUUAUCACAUUGAACAUCAUCAUCAUUGCUGUAACUCUCACAAAAAUCAAUGCCCGCAUCAACAUGCAAAACAAGAUGAACUAAGUUUAAAUAACUCAGCAAUGAUUGAAGCUCCAAUAAAUGGUUUGUCUAGCAUGGUUGAUAAUAAUAAUACACUUGAUGGCCGUCAUGGAGAAAUGGGGAGCAGUGGCACUGGAAGUGUGAAUAAAACUUCAUCCAUGACUAAAAAUCAGACAAAUGGGCAAAAUGAAGCCUAUGACCAUUAUAACCAUGUACUUCAAUACCAGUCUCAAGAACAUCAGCAUCCUAAAGUGGAUAAGCAGAUUGUGAAAGAAUCUAGAAUGACAGCUCUUGUGUGUAGUUCCUGCAACACUGUACAAAGUGGAAGUAGCAAUGGCAAUGAAAUCCUCAACACAAUUGAGCAUGGAAAUGACAAUAGGAUCAUUGAGAAAACUGACCAUGGUAAUGGACAAAGUAGUGCUACUGUCAACCCUGUGACAAAUGGAGAAAGUGGGGUUGUCAACGGGGUUACAAGUGGAGGUGGAGUGGACCAGAACCGAUCUGCUCAACGCGAGGCAGCACUGACAAAAUUUCGACUGAAGAGAAAAGAAAGAUGCUUUGAAAAGAAGGUUAGAUACCAAAGUAGGAAAAAGCUUGCUGAACAACGCCCAAGAGUCAAAGGUCAAUUUGUACGUCACUUAGUACAAGAAUCCGCAAAUGGGAGUGUAAAUUGAGAGACAAUCUUUGAAGUUAAAUUAUGCUUUCCAAUCAUAAACUCAUAUGCAAAGGAAACAGAAUUGGGUUGAGUAUAUUUAUCUUUGAUUUGUUAUUGCAAAGCAGUCUUUUCAUGGCAUUGACCUGUUUUGUCUCUGCAAAUGAUGCAAAUCUGUGGAUAUCUUAUCUAAAGAUCAACACAAUAUGCUUCUUUGAUUUGAGUUGGAUUCAUUGAUAGGGGUCCAUAUUAAUAUUGCAACAGUUCCCUUUGAUA